AAUGAUUGUCCUGCGAGUGAAGGCGCCUCCUGGUGGUCACUCAGUUCCACCGCUACUACCUGCUGUGGGACUCGUACGUGUCUUUUUCAUCCACAAAUGUCCUUUAAAGUAUUUUCCAGACUCACAGUACGGACCCUGUGGCUGAGGCCUCCCCCCGCCGCCUUCCGUGCGUCGACCUCCGGCUGCAGUUUAGCGGUGAAACACGACCGACCGAACCGGCGCUUCACCGUCAGUCCGGGCAGCGAGGCCGACUGCGCUGUGCUGCUCUACAGGUUCACCGGGGACAAGGAGGUGGAUCUAAUGUCCACCUACGUGCCCGAGACAUUCAGGGGCCACGGCGUCGCUGCUCUUCUGUCCCAGGCUGCCAUGGACUUCCUGAUUGAAGAGGACCUCAAGGCUCAUGUCUCCUGUUGGUAUAUAAAGAAAUACAUCGAAGACAACCCGCUACAACGUUACACACAACGCGUCAUUGACUGAAGAUUCAUCGCUGCUGCGGAAAUCAAAGGAAUAAGUCGAGAUGUCGGAGUUAAAGACACAAUUUUAAAGAGACAUUCUUUUUAUUCAUGGUAAUGAUGAGUGAAGUUCCGUAAGAUCAGGGGUUUGAAGACUCCAAAUGACCACUGUGGAUUUCUCUUUUCCUCAUAGAAUAUAUUAUAUUUAUUAAUUCUUCUCAUGUUUAUCAAUGAAGGUUUUGUUAUUGAUAAUCUCUUCAUACUUGAACAACUAAGAUUCUUUGGUGACGAUUAAAAUGUACAUUUAAACACCUGGUGGAAUCAUGAUUAGAUGAUGUUGAGCAGCUGGAAGAACAAACGAUUAAAGACAUUCAACAGUAA